AUGACUGAUGACAAAAUAAGUAAAAAAGAACUCAAGAGAAUUGAAAUUCAAAAGCGAAAGUUUCAAUUAGAGCAAGACAGAGUGACAAGACCAGGUGAAUGUAAUAAAUUCAUUACUGCCGUGAUUGAUGCUAAAAUUGUGAAUAAAACUGUUGGAAGUAAAAUUUUAUCAUCAUUGAAAGAAAUUGAAAUCAAAGCGAAAGUAUCAAAUUCAACUAUUUCAAACACAAUAACAUGGAAAAGGCUUAUUAACAAAAGAAUAAUCACAGAUUCAGGAGAAGUCAUUGAGUUUGAUAAGAUUGAACAAAACGAACCUCACCUUCUGAUCAUUUUAUCAGCCGAAGAAUUUGUGAAGGUUUCAAAAGAAAAUCAACUACUAAGCAUUGUCCAAACAGCACAAUCUGAUUUUUCCUUGAAUCUCAAGUCAACCACACUCAUCAUUUACGGCUUAAAAGAUUUCUGUCGAAAGAAGAAAAAUGUGAUUGGAAUCAAAGAAACUGAAAUAAAAUUAACGCAAUUAAUGUUGCUUGCAAACUGCAGUCAUCGACUUCAUGAAACUCCUGAUGACAUCGCAUUAGCUGUGACGCAAAUGAGUAAAGCAAUUGCCGAGGAGCCAUUUAAAAGCAAACAAAAUAAAAAGCUGGAUCAGGAGCAACUUUACUUGACCAGUGAAGUGAAAGUGAAUGCCAAUGAAAAUUCAGACUCUCUUGCACGAUUAUGGCAUGCUCAACUUACAACUUUCCCUAAAGUUACUUAUGAGGUAGCACAGUCGAUUACUAAAGAAUAUCCACUGCCAAAAGUACUCAUUGAAGCUUAUAAAUCAUCCACAAGUCCCGCAACAAUGCUGGCAAACAUUCCAAUCAUUAAAACCGGACCUUUGGCAAAGAACAGACGAAUUGGGCCGGAGCUGUCGAGAAAGAUUUAUACUCUUGUCAGAAGUCAAAAUCCAGAAGAUAUUAUUUGA